GUCGUCAAAGUGCGGUUCCCACACCUCGCCGGUCAAUCGUCCGCCAUGGAUUUCUCAGACAUCUUUCGCAUGGUGAAUUUCGCCGUUGCGGUAUUCGUGGUCCUUGGUGGUAUCGCGAAGUUGUUCCCGUUCAACGACUUCUCUCACAUCAUUCUCGGUGUAUACCUGAUAAUAUUCGGUCUUGGAACCGCUCUACUCGAGUUCCAGAUUCCCCAGCAAGUGGCACGCUAUGCCUCUUUCAUGUUCUCUUUCCUCGGCCGCGGCAUCUUCUACAUCUUCAUCGGUUCGGUCAUCGUGGGUGAGCGCUGGUUCCGCAUUGUGCCAGGCACCAUUGUCGGCAUAAUUGGUGUGGGCUACGCUGCUCUGGAGUUCAUUCCUUCUAUUGAGCCCCCAGCGAACAUGCGCGACGCCGACGCUGGCUGGGGUGCCGAACAAGUCUAAGUUCGCAAUCUGUAGACAAGAGGAUGGCGGUAGAGGAUUCCUCAUACAAGAACGCUUGCCUGGUUUUUGGACCUCGGCAUAAGACCGUCGUGCGCUUUCUAUGUACUCAACCAAGUAUCGCAUGUUACGGAUUGGAGUUGCCCACAGUUACGUCUACGGAUUUUAACAAGGUGGUUUGAGUAUGUCUUUUUGGAUUUCGUUGGUUGGUCCGGUGAUCACAUCGAGGUUCUGGUUACACGGGUGGAGAACGUCUUGGAAAGAAUCGAUGUAUGAUAGGUUAUCUGAUUCAAACCAGGCUGUAGUCGUCACACGUGUUCGCUUGUCUGUCUAGUGUCCGCAGUGCAUGAAGCGAGGACAGACUACCGGUACUUGCAUUGCUGCUAGUGUAUCGUUUCGGAAAGGACUGCGUUGAGCAAUUGUCCAGAUCUAGUCUGAUGCUGCU